GCAGAAAUCCCCCAAAGCAGGCGCCACGCUGUCCAUGGAGAGCAGCACCGCCAGGAAAAAAACUUCCAUCAUCUGCUCCAGCGUUUCUCUGCAUCUCCUCUCUCCGCCAAAGCAAACUCGGAACUUCUGAAGCAGUUUUGUGGAGACGAUAAGGAGCGACGGUGAAUCGGGGGGAGGCGGAUCGGUCCAGGAUUGUGAAAGUUUUUAUCUCUCAGCAGGAAUGCAGUGGCAGGUCUGGACCUGAACUUCCGCGUUAAGCAGGAAGAAACAGUCAGAGAGCCCAAAUGCAAGCCGCAUCAGCACACCCAGAUCUGCGUGCAUGUGGCCGUCACCUUAGGCUUUUUUUUUAGCUGAGCGAGAUUUCAGCGUGGAUCUAAUGUCCAUGUGGCUUUUAUUUUGAAACAAACUGGUGAAUUGAGGAUUAUUACAACUGAAGAGAUGGAUGAUAUUGACGCUAUGUUCAGCGACCUGCUGGGGGAGAUGGACCUCCUCACUCAGAGUCUUGGACAGGAAAUCGAACCUCCUGAACCGCACCCCAGCACUAGCCACCAAAUCGACUUCUCUGUCGGUUUUACUGGUCUGAACGCGUCCCUACAUGACCUGGAGGACAAUGACUUGGACGCCCUGAUGGCCGACCUGGUGGCCGACCUCAGUGAGACAGAAAAGAAACUGGAAGCAGAAAUACAAGGUCUGAAAGCGCCACCAUCGUCUUCAUCAGACCUGCCUCCACCGCCCAAAGGCCUGGGCCUCCAGCCUGCCUCCUCCAUUACAUCACCACCAUCUCCAGGAAAUAACAGAAGCAGCAGUGUCACCACCACAUCUUCUUCCACCACCUCACCCCUGCCGCCUCCCCCUCUGCAGUCAUCAAAACCCACAAUGGAAGAAAUCGAAGCUCAGAUGAAGGCAGAUAAAAUCAAGCUUGCCUUGGAGAAGCUAAAGGAAGCCAAAGUGAAAAAGCUGGUGGUGAAGGUGCUCAUGAACGAUGGCAGCUCCAAGACUCUAAUGGUUGAUGAGAGGCAAACCGUGAGAGAGGUUCUGGACAACUUGUUUGAGAAGACUCACUGUGAUUGCAACGUAGACUGGAGUCUGUGUGAAACCAACCACGAGCUGCAGCUUGAACGGACAUUUGAGGACCAUGAGAACCUGGUGGAGCCCCUCCUUGCCUGGACAAGGGACAGUGAAAACAGAGUCCUUUUCCAGGAGAGAAAAGAUAAAUUUGAGGUUUUCAAAAACCCACAGAACUUUUAUCUUUGGAAAAGGGAUAAGAAAACUCUCAAAGACAUGAAAGACAAAGACAAGGAAUUGUUGGUGCAGGAGAACUUCUGUGGAACGUCAAUCAUCGUGCCCGACCUAGAAGGCGUUCUGCACCUCAAAGAAGACGGAAAAAAGUCGUGGAAGCAGCGACUCUUUCAGCUCCGAGCCUCAGGAAUUUAUUACGUUCCCAAAGGAAAAACCAAGUCGUCCCGCGAUCUGAUCUGCUUCGUCCAGUUCGACAACGUAAACGUUUACUACGGCAAAGACGUCAAGAACAGAUACAAGGCCCCGACUGACUUCUGCUUCGUGCUAAAGCAUCCUCAGAUCCAGAAAGAGUCUCAGUACAUCAAAUAUCUUUGCUGUGACGACGCUUGGACCAUGAACCUCUGGGUGACCGGGAUACGGAUCGCUAAGUAUGGAGCGUCGCUGCAUGAUAACUUCAAAACGGCAGAGAGGAAGGCCGCUGUCAGCGCUGCCAUGUGGACAAACCGCAGCACUCCGUCCAGCUCCAGCCCUUCAACGCCGUCACCAACCAUCAAAGCCAAAGCAGCAACUCAGGCCAACGGCUACGCCCCCAAACAGCAGCCUGGACCGACGCACCAGGGCAUCGGUAAUCUCCCUGCUCCUCCCCCUCUGAACGAGAUUCUUCCUCCUCCUCCUCCCGACCCCGUCCUUCCUCCUCCACCGCCGUCGCUGGCCUCCAAGCCUCCACCCAGCAAGUUCCCUCCACCUCCACUUUCCAUGGACAGCCUCCCUCCUCCGCCGCCGCCUCCACCCAUGGACAACUUCUCAGAAGAUCCUCCAGACUUCCUUCCUCCUCCUCCUCCUCCUACCAGCUACAGCUCACUUCCUCCUCCUCCUCCUCCUACCAGCUACAACUCACUUCCUCCUCCUCCUCCUCCUACCAGCUACAACUCACUUCCUCCUCCUCCUCCUCCGGCUCCGGCGGCUAAUUUUGGUAGAAACAUAAACAAAUCUCUUCCCCCUCCGCCUCCAAAUCCAGAGUUUCUACCUCCGCCUCCACCUGAUCCAGUGUUCGUAGCAUCAGGUGCGCCUCCCCCACCUCCACCUCCACCUCCUCCUGCUCCUGCUCCUGUUUCCGCUCCGCGAUCUGCUUCACAGCUAAGAAAGAUGCCUCCAGCUCCUCCAAAGAGGACAACACCAUCGCUUCCGGCGCCGGCAGCAGGGGGGGACUUCAUGUCAGAACUAAUGACAGCCAUGAGGAAGCGUACUGAUCAGUAGCUCCAGAGGGAACAAAUACAAAACAAAUAAUUUUACUCCAGAUGAUUACAAUAGUGUAUAGCUGUGUAUAACAAUUCAUUAAUUGUCAAUUAGAUUAAAAUUAGGUCUAAUAGAUUCACUAAUAAUGUCUUCUUAGAUAUUCAGUUAGUGUUGUAGUUUGGCCGCCAUCCAGCAGAGGGCGCCGUUUAUCACCAUCCCUAAGCGGAGCCGUUGAUGCAGAAUUAAACAUGGCGGCCAUUUUAGAAGGGGGAAGAGAAACGGUCCAAAGUCCGUUGUUGGAUCUUAAAACCGGUUUAAUGAUUAAAUGCACUUUAUGCAGUUCUGUUUUGAAAUGUAAACCGAUUAUAACAGAUAUAACAAAACAGGAACUUAGGAGGUUCCCGUUUUGUUGUAUUUUAUAAAUAAGUUUAAUAAUGCGAGAAACCCGCAAUUUUCUGCUUAUUCUGUCAGUAUUUAAGACAACUGACACAAAAUGUUCAAAUUAAUUUAAAUAAGUCAGUGUAUCAUGAAAGAUUUAGCCCUUUAUAGUAUAGAAAAAUGCUAAGCCCUUUUUAUUCAAGAGAAAACUCAUCAAUUAAUCAGCUGAUAAGAUUAAUACGGUUUCAUGUAACAAUAAAGCUUUACAGAUACUUUUAUGUAAAGAAAUGUGUAUAUAUUUGCUUUGACUGUAAAUACUGCAGAAAGACAUUCCUUCGGUCUGUUCAGAGGUUUUAUUGUUACAGCCAUGGCUAAGAAUUUUGGCCCAAGUGUGUUUUACAAAUAUUGAAAUGUUAGUUUUGUGUGUUGACAUUUCACUGCAUGUAAUCGAUCACUGUUAAAGCUGUAUUAAAUUAAAAUUUGAUAACAAAAAAGCA